AUGGGCUCCAACGAAUUCUGCCUCCGUGGUGACCGAGUUGUUCCGCUCUCCUUUGAGGAAGUUGACCUGCUAUUUAUCCUUGAACCUAUCAUCGAAAGUCGCUGUGUUUCCCUUGAGAGGAGUGGCAUUGAAGAGAUCAUACUGAAGGCUGAUGUGGGUAUUUCCUGCCUUCGAUGCGGUCUACUUUCGACGGAUGACCUUGAUGGAAGGACUUUGACACAAGAAUUUGGAAUGGUAGCCAGGCUGAAGUUCCUGCCUCUUUUGACUGCCCUAAAGGGUACUCUCGCUUUGCUGGAAAUCUCGGCGGAUUUGCUUACUGGUUGCAUUAAAACUCGCGAAGCGAUGAGGCAGAUAAGUAGCCUUCAUGGUCAGCUGGUCAAUGUGAGUGAGUUUGUUGUCAACUUUGGACAAGACCUAGACGAUGCGCCCUUCUACCGACCCACACUUCGGACUGCUGAUCUUCGACCGUUUCUGGAGAUGUUUCCAUCCGUUAAGUGUCUUGAAAUAAGCGUUGACAUCUGGGAUUUAAAGGUGAAUUUGGCCAAAUUACGCCGCGCAUGUCCAUGUCUGAAAACGCUUCUUUGCUCUGCAUCGAACUCUGAAGAGGAUUGGAUGGUUGGGAUGGUUUCGCCCUGGAGGCUGGAAUCAUUCUAUUGGGAAUUUGCUAUUGAAUUUACUGUUGAGGAUUUGUAUGCACUUUCUGGAUGUGUGCAGGCUUCUUAUAUCCUCCUACGUCUCCGCAAUAGUCGGCCCACAUUUGAGGAAAAGCACAUGAAGGCUGUUUUUGCAAGAAUGCCCUGUCUACGCUGGCUUGUUCUGAUUUAUCUGGAACGAAGCUUGAUCUGUAGUCAGUCUCCGGACAGCCAAACAGUUGAAAUCGUGUCAACGAAUACCGCGUCAUGGGAGAAUCUUUGCCGAAUGUUUCCCCAACUAUUUGGGAAACUCUGGCGUCGGCACAUACCAAAAACUCAUCAUCCUUGUCAACCCGACCCUGAUUUUAGUCAACCUAGCCCGUAG